UGUGCAAGGAAACCGGGAAGGCUGGACAGCUGCCUGUGUCCAAGAUUUCCCCAGGUGGCAGCAACCGGAUGACCAGAAUCUCCCUGUUUGAGCACAGGUGCAUUCUGAGGAUUUAUCAGUCCUUUCACAGGGGCCAGCAGGGUUUAUUCUGAAGACAGCUACUGGUUCCAGUUACUUUCUGUCCAGCAUGAAAAUCAACUUUUAGAGAUCCUGAGACAUUCAUGAAAAAGCAUGCAAGAGAACAACAUUGACCAGUCACCAUCACUCUCUCAGCUCUUAAGGGAGAGCUACCUUGCAGAGGCCAGAGCCCAGCAGCGCCACAGCGAGAUGAGCCGCUCAGAUGCUUCUUCUGCACGCCUUCAGAUCUAUGGGUCACUCAAAGGAAAGGCUGAGGACUCUGGGGGCCACAACGACCCCCAGUCACCAGACCUGUCAGCCUUCCUCAGCCAAGAGGAGCUGGAUAAGAGUGUCAACCUGGCCCGACAGGCCAUCGGACAUGAGUCACGUGAGGAGAGGGCAGAGGUCAAGGCCUCUGUCACACCAUCAGCCGCCUCUAACAUCUCCUCAGCUUCUUCCUCUACACCCCCUUCUGUUCCCUUCACUAACCUCUCUCCUGCUCCCUUUGCCGAACCCUCCACCGUGCCCUUCACACAGCCAGCCCCUGAAUUCAAAGAACUGCCAGCAACACACACAACAUUCACAGCAGAGAGAAAGAUGCACAAGGCCUCCACACAGCAGGACAACAUGGUAAGGAGCAGCAGGGACUCCAGUGAAGGAUUCAAUGACUUGAACAGGUCAGCAAGGAAUGCCCCAUACGGUCCGGAGACCCAGUCCAAGAAGGAGUUCCUCAACAAGGCAGCAGACUUCAUUGAGGAGCUCUCCUCUCUCUUCAAGGCCAACAGCUCCAAACGGGUACGACCAAGGGCAUGCAAAGCCCACAGGAGCAGGGUCCAGAACAAGAGCCAGAACGACGGGGCAGUUUAUCCCCUCAGCUCAGACAACAGAGAGCGCUGUGUCAUGGCCACGGAGGCGGAGAAGGAGGGACCCAGCCCUGCUGUUAGCCACCAACCAGAGGUCCAGCUGGACUCUGGGACUGAGCAUGUGGAGUUUCAGGACUGCAGGAUUACUGAGGAGCUGCAGCACAACUCAGUUUGCCAGGAGGCAGAGGAGGCUGGAAGCUGUGCCCUGACAGAAACUCCCUCCUACCCAGCAGAGCCUGUGUGCGAGCCUCCCCAUUUCAUCCAGAAACUGAAAAGCAGGGAGGUUCCUGAGGGCAGCAAGGUCCAGUUAGACUGCAUUGUAAGAGGACUCCCAGUACCUGAAGUCCGGUGGUUUUGUGAGGGCAAGGAGUUGGAGAACAGCCCUGACAUUCAGAUCAUCACCAACGGUGAGCUGCACUCUCUGAUCAUUGCUGAGGCAUUUGAGGAAGAUACCGGACGUUACUCCUGCUUUGCAUCUAAUUUCUAUGGCACAGACUCCACAUCAGCUGAGAUCUACGUUGAAGGUGCGUCCUCUACAGAUUCUGAGGGGGAACAGCACUUUGAACAUGUAGUCCAGCUGCAGAGAAAACAACCAAACUCAGCUCCAUCUUUACCUCCAUCAAGCCAAACUCUUCCUGAAGAAGCUGAAGACUCUCUGUCACCUCAACCUACAGCAGCCACUGAAGAACCAGCAGAGGAACUUUCCUCUCUGCCAACUAGCCAAAUAGUCCAAGAACCUCUUCUACCAGUCCAGACAACAACCACUGUACUUCCAGUCCCAGAGAUUUCUAAAGUAUCUCUAGCAUCCACAGCUCACCCUGCUCAGGAGGAGACAGCAGCGUUACCUGUGCAGGUCUUCCCUGUUUCACCGCCAAGCGAUACAGAAGCCCAGGAGGUGUCAACAUCCACCACAGUCACAUCCACACCACAGCCAGUGCAGACAGCUACGUCACUGCCUUUAAACUCAGUGAUCUCGACUGUGUUGCCUGUCCAGGCAGCUCCAACACAAACACCCCAACCUGAGAUUCAAACCUCUAACCCAAACUUUCUGCAAGGAUUGAACGGGCAACCAAUAAUGGCUGCCCCUGUAUUCACAAAGAGCCUGCAGGACCUCCUUGCGUCAGAAGGCCAGCUGGUGGUGCUAGAGUGUCGUGUGAAAGGAGUGCCAUCACCCAGAGUGGAUUGGUACCAAGAAGGAAAAUUAAUUGAAGACUCUCCUGAUUUCAGGAUCCUACAGAAAAAGCCCAGAUCUCCAGCUGAAUCAGAGGAAAUAUGCACUUUGGUCAUUGCUGAGGUCUUUCCUGAAGAUUCAGGGAUGUUUACUUGUACAGCAAGCAACAAGUAUGGAACCGUGUCCAGCAGUGCAGCACUAAGGGUCAAAGGCAAUGGCAGCAACAGCAACCACAUGAGGCCUUUCAGCAGUUCAACGGUGGAGCCCAAUCAAAUCCAAGAACCUUCCUCAUCAGAUCUCACAGCUUCCACUGCCAAUGUCAAAACAGAGGUUACUGUGACCAACAGCAUCAAGCCCCACUCCAGCACCAUUCGCCUAGAUCCACUAGUCUCUAGCUCCUUGCGCCUGGACCCCUUAAACACCAGCACCUUUCAUCUGGACCCCCACAGCUCCAGCAUGUUGCGUUCAGACUCCCUGCGCACCAGCCUACCCAGUCUAGAGCCCACCAGCCUGACCAGCAGCUCCUACCUGAACUCUCGCAGUGCCAGCACCCCCAGCUUAGAUCCUCUCUACCUCCGCCAGGACCCUCCUGGAUACAGUGGAGCACGUCCAGAACCACAGAGCAGUGGACAGGUGCUCUCAUAUCCAAAACCCUUCACUGCCCCACCUGUGGUUGAGCAGGGAAUGUCCAGACCUCCACUGACAUCGCUUGACACAAGCCCCAAAGUCAAGGAGACCCCAAACCAUCAGAAUGGGACCCCCAUUGUGGUGCCCCUCCCUGACCCACCUCCUAAUUCCUGCCUGAAGACAGGCAACCAGACAAACCACAGAGAUUCUCGCUCUGGCUCCAGAGUUGGUCUGCGUGUGCACUUCAAACUGCCUGAGGAUGAGGAGGAUGAACGAAGCGACGAAUCCAGUCCGUCUGAUGAAUAUGAUGCUCAGGCAUUGCUCAGCAAAGAACCACCACCAGUGCUGGCUAAACCCAAACUGGACCCAGCUCAGCUCCAGCUUUUGCACAAUCAGGUCCUCAUGGAGCAGCAGCAGGAGACUGAACCUGUGACCCAAACCCACACCCAGACUCAGUCCCACCCGCCAUUACAGAUCCAGAUCCAGCCCGAGGUCCAAAGCUCCCAUGAUGGUCGGCUUUGGUCACCCAGAAUGCACUCUGAACCUCAUCCACCACAUUUCCAGCCCUACCUUAACACCACAACGCCCAACUCUGUGUCUCCACUGACCACAGCCCACCCUGCUCCCUCAUUGAGCUCUGCUCCAGCACUCAAUACGACCUUUUCACCCCUCAACACGUCUCCUGCUCCUCCUUCAAGCUCCCCUCCAUCUUUUCCUCAACUGAAGACCUCCUCACUGGUGACCUCUCCUCCUCCUGUGCCACAGCUCAGCACAGCUCCACCUUUCAGUUUAGCACCUGUAACCCAGAUGAACACCAUCCAUGCCUCCCACCUCAACGUGUCUCCUGCAGCUUUUGCCAGAACCACAUCCACACCCCAAUUUUGCACCCCCUCCGCGCCUAACCUCAGUACAGUCUCCACAGAUUCAACCGUGGCCUUACCAGAGAUUAUAUCUCCCGCUCCUCUGCUGAGAAGCACCCAUGCUUCCCUCAUGAACCUGUCUGCCACCUCACAAAGCUUCAUCUAUGCCCGGCCCAAAGAGUUCCUAUCCGCCCAGACCUUCUCACCAGUAAGGAGUCCCUCCCCAACAGAAUCCCCGGUCCCCCUGCUCCACGAGCUUGCCGCUGAGCUCAACUCCUCUGCAGCCAGCUCCCCAACUCUCCCACCAUUCUCCCCAACUCCCAGGAUAUUACCCACAAGGGUACUCAAGUCUCCCACCAGCCCUCCAUCCCUGGUGUCCUCACCCACGCCAGGUUCUGCGCAGUUCUUGAACAGCAUGUUCGCCAUUCGAGCCCAAUCGCCUCCCCAGGCCUCCUCUCCAACCUCCAGCAGCUCCACUCCUAGCCCCAUCCAAAACCCUGUGGCUUUCCUCAGCUCUGUCCUGCCAUCCCUGACCCCAAGUCAUCCCACCAACUCCAUGGGCCUGCCCAGGGGAGCUCCAUUAGGGCUACACAAGAAGGUACCUAAGUUGCGCCCCCCGUCAAUCGAAGACAUCCGUGAAAGCAAAGAAAUUCUCCUCCAUGACAUUGAGAAAAAGCUUCGAUUUAAAGAGGAUACUCCAAAUUUUGCACAUCAACAGAAGCUGAGUAAUGAGGGGAAAACAGCGAGCAGACCCCUUGGACCAAACAUUCCUGCUACUGUCAUUAACUAUGAUGAGGAGUACAAAGUGUCCAGUUUUGAGCAGAGACUAAUGAGUGAGAUUGAGUUCCGUUUGGAGCGAACACCAGUGGAGGAGUCGGAUGAUGAGGUGCAGCAUGAUGACGUCCCCAGGGGAAAAUGCAUUGCACCCAUAUUUGACAAGAAACUUAAGAACUUCAGAGCCAUGGAAGGCGUGCCUGUCACUUUCUCAUGUAAAGUAGUUGGAAUCCCUCUUCCAAAGGUUUACUGGUUUAAGGAUGGCAAACAGAUCUUGAGGAAAAAUGUCCAUUACAAGAAGAUAAGAGAGGGGGACGGGACCUGUGCUUUACACAUAGAGUCCACGACCAAUGAUGACGAUGGCAACUACACCAUCAUGGCAGCUAAUCCACAGGGACGAAUCAGCUGCUCGGGUCAUUUGAUAGUCCAAACAGGACCUCCCCGAAAUCGACUGACACCUAUUCACUCUCAGAGGGUGCGAGCCCGCAUACAGGAAGUUGAGAGUGAGCAAACGCAGGAGCGCUUUUUUCGGCCUCACUUCCUCCAGGCUCCGGGGGACAUGCUAGCUCAUGAGGGGAAGCUUUGCAGACUAGACUGUAAGGUGAGUGGACUUCCCAACCCAGAGCUGAUGUGGUUGGUCAAUGGGAGGCCUAUCUAUCCAGACCUUUACCAUAAGAUGCUGGUGCGAGAGAAUGGCAUCCACUCCCUAGUCAUUGACCCUCUGACGCAGAAUGAUGCUGGCACAUACACCUGCAUUGCAAGCAACAAAGCAGGGCAGAGCUCCUUCAGUCUAGAGCUUAAAGUUGUGGAAAAAGAGAUGAAGCAUCCUCCUCAGUUAUUGGAGAAGCUGCAGAACAUGGGUAUUCCUGAGGGAGCCCCUGUCAGGCUGGAGUGCCGGGUGGUGGGUAUGCCCCCUCCAGUCAUCUUCUGGAAGAAAGACAAUGACUCCAUUCCUAAAACUAAGGACAGAAUCAGCAUGCAACAAGAUGCCACAGGAUAUGUGUGUCUCCUUAUCCAGCCAACAACAAAAGACGAUGCUGGCUGGUACACGGUGUCGGCCAAAAACGAGGCUGGAAUUGUAUCCUGCACCUGCAGGCUUGACAUCUAUGCUCAGUGGCACCAGAGCAUCCCUGCACCCAUGAAGAAGGCCCCACGCACAGGCAGCCGCUACGCAGCUCUGACAGGCCAGGGGCUCGACAUCAAGUCUGCUUUCCCCACGUCAGAGACCAGCCCCAUCCUGUUCGCCAGCUCCCCUCCGGAGGUCAUGCUAGAGAGCGAGGAGCUGUGAGAGGUGCACGGUGACCCUCAGGGGGAUACGAGAAGAAUGAUUAUCUGGGCAGAUGGUCAUGUGAUUUGUGUGAUGCAUUUGAAGUGAUACAUUCAGAAUAGAGCAGCAAAGAAUUGUUGUGCCACCUGCUAGAUGUCAAAUCUAUCAGCACUGAUAGUGGGUUUGUCACCAUUCCUAUUUACUCAAGUCCUAUGAGGAGUGUUUCACAAUUCACAUACAGAAAAAUGACAGAUUUGCAAAGUCUUAGCUCAUGAGCCAUCAUUGGAGUUGAAUUUUGUUCUCUGACCGGUUUGAAUGAUUCACAUUUGUUUUUCUACAUUAUAUUUAGCUAUGAAGUUGAGGUUGUUGUUGUUGCUCAAUGUUGAUGAAACAUUAAAUUUCAAGUUUCAUUUAGUUUAACAUCUGUUCUUAAUUGUUAAAUUUUAUUCUCAAGGUGGUACUUGCACCAUUUAUUUUUAUUGAAAAGCAUAUAUACCUGUACUGGUGGUAAUAGUUUCUUUUAAACUUUAUAUAAAAAUAGUUAAAAUUAUUGUUUAUUAAUAAUCAGAGCUAGUUUAUAGUAGGUUAAUAUAUAUUUGAAUGUGCCGUUCAGAUCAGUUUAUUUAAAUGGCUCCAUCAAGGCAGGAUUAUUUAACGUUUAACUAAAUUAUUUCUUGAAAUCCAUCACUGGUUCAUGUAUUUGCACCAUGUUUUCAUGAGCAUGCAUGCUGAUGGCUGAUAGAGAUGCAGUACUAUAUAACUAAACAAACACGUGUCACAGUCAUAGUAAUAGUCUGCUGUUAGGUGAGUUUCGUUCAUGGUUUGUCGCUGAAACACUGAAACACUUUCUUUAACUUUUAUCGCUUUCAGGUGAUUUAAUUCAUCUUUGUUUUAUCUCCUCAGUUGCAUCCACAGUUCAGGAUGCCUUAUCAGAGGAAAGAGUCAGAUUAGACUAAAAACUCUUGAAAAAGUCACUUGUUUGUUUUGUGGUAAGACAGACUGCUUACACCAAAAAGUCUGUAUCCUGCAGAGGUUAUUAUUGAACUUUAAUAGAUUUUGAUUAAAAUGAAUUCAAGUCAGUUUGAAAACAUAUUAAAGAAAAGUUUGAAAGCACAUGAUGUAAAGUUGCACAUUGUAAAAUAGUUUUGUCCUUCUCAGAAUAAAGUUAUAUUUAUUCAAA